AUGCGCCCAGAGAUUACAGAUCAAAUAUUAUAUUCUUUCCUCACAGGAGGAUUAGGUGCCUCGUCGACCACCACCACCACCACAAGAUCGUCGUUUUUCCCUUUUACCAUCGAAGACACAAUUUCUCAAGACAAAUCUCUUGCUGCUCUGAGGAAACACAAAGAAGCUGAGCGAAACAGAAGAGAAAGAAUUAACUCCAAUCUUAACAAGCUCCGAAACUUACUCUCUUGUAACUCCAAGACCGACAAAGCCACACUACUAGCAAAAGUGGUCCAACGAGUCAAUGAACUAAAACAAAAAACCCUAGAAAUCUCCAACGAUACGGUACCGUCUGAGACAGACGAAAUCAGUGUACUCAACUUCGAAGACUGUUCCAACGAAGACGGUGGGAUAAUCUUCAAAGUAUCGUUCUGCUGCGAGGACAGGCCAGAUCUCAUGCAAGAUCUUGUCGAGACACUCAAGUCUCUUCGGAUGGAAACUCUCUCUGCAUAUAUGACGACAAUCGGUGGUCGGACAAGAAAUGAUCUCGUUGUGGUCGGCAACAAAGAGCAGCACAGUGUCGAGUCGGUGAAAUUACUACAGAACGCAAUUGAGUCGUUGCUCGAACGGUCAAACCAGUCAGUGAUGAUGGGACAUGGUGGUGGGGGAGAAAGGUCCAAAAGACGUCGUCCUCUUAAUCACUUCAUACGGGUGUGAUUUGAUGAGACUUGAGCACUAUUAUAUGAUAUAGUUUUCUUAUAUAGAUAACGUGGUUAUAAUUUCUGAACCCUUUCGUCUGUAUUUUUCCAUUAAUAGAUAGACUUUAUAUGGUUUUAGUUAUGAGUUUUGUUUUAAAAAUAUCUGCGUUUGAGUUAACUAUGACUGCAAACAUUGAACAUAUGUAACAUAGGUAAACUGUAAAAGUUUG